AUGCGUGAUCAAGCUACUAUAGGAAGUAAUCAUGAUAUAGCCAAAAUUACAUUGAGUGCUGUUGGAGAAGUUUAUAAUAAGAAGAUUUGCGAUUCACUUAUGGAUCGUGUAAAUGCUGCUGAGGCAGUCACCAAAGCUUUAAAAAGAAGACAAACUGAAAAUGAACAAAAUUUUCGUAAUAAAGAAUAUUAUAAUUCAUUUAUUCGUUUUAUUGAAAUCAUGAAACGGAUUAAAAAUUUCAUCAUUGAUGUAUCGAACUUAAACAGAUACCAAAAAUUCGUACAUUCCGGUUCAGUCAAAGAUAGAUUUGAUUCACUUACUAAUGACUUUGAUGAAGUAAUGACUGAAUCGCAUUUUACAAUUGCCGUUGCUAAUGAAGAACAAAGAAUGAUAGAUCAAUUUGCUCUCGAAUCUGAUAUUGCAGAUAUGACUAAAUUUUUGGAAAAAAUAGGUGGUGGCAUAAUUGAUCAAAAUCAAAAAAUCAAUAUUGUUCUCCAUGAAGUUUCAUUAUUGAAAGAAAAAUUGGAUCAUUCAGAUAGUGAUCAAAAUAUUAAAGCAAAAAAAAUAAAAUCAACUGAAUUGAAUGAUCCUUUGAAGUCAAAACCAACGGAUCAUCUUCAAAAUAGUGACCCUAAAGAAGCUGCAAAAAUUCAAGGACAUCUGGCUAUAUUAGGAAAAUUACACGAAUCACCCUACAUUAUCAAAUUUUACGGUCUUUCGAAGAUAGAAAACUCAGACGUUAUGGUACUUGAUUGGGCAGAAUAUGGCUCUCUCAAGGAAUUGUAUAGUAAAUAUGACAUUGAAUGGCAUGUAAAAGUACCAAUAGCUCUUGCUAUUUGUCGUGGCCUUACAUUUUUACAUUCUUGUGAAAUUCUUCAUCAUGAUAUUCGAUGUGCUCAUAUAUUGAUGGAUGCGAAUUUGACACCAAAAAUUGCAAAAUUUAAUUAUUCUCGUAUGGCAUCUGGUCCAACCAGUGAUAUGAAGGGC